ACAGAGUAACCCGGCCCCUGGAGAACUGAGCGUGAGUGAGACGGAGGCCGACAGGCGCGCGCUUCCGCGUUGUGAAGCCUGAGGGGCGAGUCCCGCGGCUUUGGCGCGCCACCGAGGACUCCAGAUGGAGUGGGAGGGAGGCAGGGAUGAGGCCAAGAGAUGAGGGAAGCGAGUCAGGGGAGCCGCCUGACCGAAAGAAAUCCCGACUCCGCUGGGUGGCUUGACGCUGCGAGAAGAUCGCUGCGACCAGAGCCGAAGAGGCGGGCGGCCGCAGCGUGGAGUCUGCGGCGCGGUGAACACACAGUCGGGGCUUGGUCGUAAGGGCAGCGGGACCGCAAGAGCUGGUUGACACGUUGAAAGGAUCACCAUGAAGGUUGCGUUACAGGAGGGCGACGAUUGCAAGUCCUGCUAAAAUAGAAAUAAAAUGAUGAGAUCAGAAAGUUAAGAAGGAAAAUAUGGGUCUCUGGUUUUAUGCAGUAAAUCCAACUUACCUGUGACAUGCAGUUAACACAUCAGCUGGACCUAUUUCCUGAAUGCAAGGUGACCCUUCUGUUAUUUAAAGAUGUAAAAAAUGCAGGAGACCUAAGAAAAAAGGCCAUGGAAGGCGCCAUUGAUGGUUCAUUGAUUAAUCCUACAGUGAUUGUCGAUCCAUUUCAGAUACUUGUGGCAGCAAACAAAGCAGUUCACCUCUACAAACUGGGAAAAAUGAAGACAAGAACUCUAUCUACUGAAAUUAUUUUCAACCUUUCCCCAAAUAACAACAUUUCAGAGGCUUUGAAAAAAUUUGGUAUCUCAGCAAAUGACACAUCAAUUCUAAUUGUUUACAUUGAAGAGGGAGAAAAACAAAUAAAUCGAGAAUACUUAAUUUCUCAAGUAGAAGGUCAUCAGGUUUCUCUGAAAAAUCUUCCUGAAAUAACAAAUAUUACAGAAGUCAAAAAGAUAUAUAAACUCUCUUCACAAGAAGAAAGUAUUGGGACACUAUUGGAUGGUAUCAUUUGUAGAAUGUCAACAAAAGAUGUUUUGUGAAAUGUUAUUAAAGAAAUAUUGAUUUUCUUUUCCUGGUUAUAAAACUAAUAUAAUGUUCAUUGUAGAAAAUUUUAAAACACAGAAUGGUUUUGAAAAGACUCCUAGUCCUGUCUUAUUAUUUAAGAGAUAAACACUAUUACUAUUA